AUGAAAAGGCUGCAUCCGCACAGAGCUCGGCUGGAACGCCGAAUGGUUGGCUCAACCAACCGGUGGCGUUUUCCCAGAGAGCCUUUCUCUGGGGACCUGCUGGGACUUUCCCAGAUGUGCAAGGCUUUGAACGUGGACUUUGAAGAAGCUUUGAAGAACCCAGACAGGUUAUGUAUUUCACAAAUCCAGAAAAUUUUCUCGGGGAACUUGAAGAACAAGACCAUCCAAACUGGGGAGGCAGACGUGAUUCUCACAUGUCUUGGCUUCAAAUGGGAACUCCACCAGCCCCAGCUUUUCCAGUCCGAGACCUUGGCGAAGCUCUACCUGAUGGCACUGGCCCAGGGCACCACAAGCCCCACAAAGGAACUGGAGAGGCUCCUGCGAGCUCAGUUGUGUGGGAACGUCAAGGAAAGACGCCCCAUAAAGAAGAUGAUCAUUUCCUUGAAGAUCAAUGACCCCCUGAUCACUAAAGUUGCCUUCGCCACAGCCCUGAAGAACCUCUACCUGAGCGAGGUGGAGAUAAACAUGGAUGACGUGCUGGGAGUGCUGGCUUCCGCACACAUUCUCCAGCUCAACAGGCUGUUUCAAAGGUGUGUGGUCAUGAUGAUGAACGGACUCAUGCCAAGCACCAUCAAGGACUUCUACCUGGCCGGCUGCAAGUACAAGGAAGAGCCGCUCACCACUGCCUGCGAGAAGUGGCUGGAAAUGAACUUGGUCCCUCUGGUGGGGACACAGAUCCACCUCCGGAAAAUCCCACAGGAGCUGCUCCACAAAGUGCUGCGGUCCCCCAGGUUGUUCACUUUUAAUGAGUUUCAUCUUUUGAAAACGCUACUUUCAUGGGUUUUCUUGCAACUGAACCACAAAAUCCAGACGGUUCCGGUGCAUGAAACUGUGCUGGCAUUUUUUAACAGCUUCCCCAAGAAGUGUUCCUUUCUGGAUCAGGACACAGGACAGAGCUUGGUGCCGCUCUUCCUUUGCCUGCGUCUGCACGGCAUCAUCAGAGGCAAAGAUCUGGAGGAGUUAAGGCACAUUAAUUUCUUCCCGGAGUCCUGGCUGAUCCGGGUUACGGCCAACCAUUACCACGCACUGGAGAGUGGGGGCGACAUGGCCCACGUGAAAGAUUUUACCACCCAGGCUAUGAGAUUUGGACUGCUCUUUAACCAGGAGUAUACAACUCAUUCAGAAAUGAUUGCCAUAUAUGGAUUCUUCUUUGAGAUAAAGGGGAUCAAACAUGAUACCACCUCUUAUAGUUUUUACAUGCAGAGAGUAAGGCACACUGACCCGGGGUUCCCGUCCUUGCUCUGUGAGCAUGGCCCCGUUAGCCUGAGAGCGGAGCGCUUGGUGAAGUACGAGAUCAGAGCCCAGACCCUGGUGGACGGCAAGUGGCAGGAGUUCAGGACCAACUGGAUCACCCAGAAGUUUGGGUUCGUCAAGCCAUCCUGCAAAAGCCAUGCCUUGAAAGUCCAAACUGCGGGCAUCCCAAUCUAUGCAAGUUUUUCAUUCAUCUUCCCGAUAUCUUGACAAUUUCCAGAAGAAUCUACGGGAUUGUUUUUCUUCCACCA